AUGAUCAGAAUCUGCCUUCUUUGGGGACUUCUCUCUCAAGUGUACAUGAUUCAGACUGAAGACACUCCUCAACCAAUACCAGUGACUACUCGUCUAUUUGGAGACAAUGUAUCUUUGCUAUGUCCUAAAGCGGAAUCUGAACAAUUCCUGUACUGGUACAGACAAACUGUUGGCCAAUUGCCCCAUCUUGUCGCAUCUGUAUCCUAUGCAUCAGAACCUGUACUUAAAGGAGAGUUUAAGAACCCACGUUUCCAUGUGGAGGAAUCUCAAUAUGGGUAUAAUCUCAAAAUCAGAAAUAUCAGCACAUUAGAUGAGGCAACAUACUUUUGUGGAAUUGGGACAAUGUAUGGGAUGAACUAUGGAAAUGCAACAUUUUUGGCUGUGAAGGGACACAAUCACCCUACAUUGGUGCAGCAACCAGUUUCUGAUCCAGUCUAUCCAGGAGACUCUGUGAUUCUACAGUGUACAGUACUCUCUGAGACCUGUACAGGAGAACACAGUGUGUACUGGUUCAGAGCCGGAUCAGGAGAAUCCCAUCCAGCAGUCAUUUACACCCCUGGGAACAGGAGUGAUGAGUGUGAGAAGAGCCCUGAGACUCCCUCUCCUACACAGAGCUGUGUCUACAGCCUCUCCAAGAACAACCUCAGUCUCUCUGAUGCUGGGACUUACUACUGUGCUGUGGCCACAUGUGGGGAGAUCCUGUUUGGCAACGGAACAAACCUAAAUAUUGAAAGAUCGCUGGAACAUGUAGUCAUUGGACUGGGAGUGACAUCAGUUUUCUGUGUGAUUGUGAUCAUUAUCCUCGUCUUCACCAGAAAUACAAAGCCAAUUUGUGAACAUUAUAAAGCAGUGAGUGUUGCUCAGCAUAUUGGACAUGACAACUCAAGCACCAAAUGUGAUCAGGAACAAGACCCAGAUACCCUGAAUUAUGCUGCAUUGCAUUUCUCUGAGAGUAAAACUAAAAGAGGAAGAAAGAAGAGAGAGACACCACAGGAAAGUGUGUACUCUGAUGUCAGAUACUCAGACUGGGAGUGA